AUGAGCAGCGGCCGUCGCGACGCCCCGCCAGCCGUCAACAAGUGGACGUCUCGUGCACUGAAUAGUCCACUUGGUGCUGCCUCUCGCUCCGCUCCAAUCGGUGCAAACGGCUGCGCCCUUGUCGCAGGAUCCACGCGACAAGAGCCGAAUGAAAAGGAGAACUGUCGACCGUCGCCUUGUGACCCGUGGAACGACGUGCGACACGUCCCAACAACUGGCAGUGCUCAGCACGAGUACGUUGUAGAUGACGCGCUGUCUCUUCUGCUGACGGAUGAGUCCUGUGCGCCGUCUGAAGUGCUAGGAAAACGUCAACGCUCGACUGAACGAUCGUCAGCUGCUCCAUCACGAGCGGUGUACGUGGAGAACGAGGGCCAGGAAGUUGGCGCUGCACUGGAAAAAAAGAGGCGGCAUACAGCAGCAACGGGGGACGCAGCAGUGACGCAAGUUGAGGCGCGAGCAUUGGAUCUGCACGGCCACUUGUUGGGUCUGGAAGAUGGAGAGAAGAAAGUAGACGACGGGACGGAGAGAUUGACAAUAGCUGGCAGUUCGACGCUGUUUGUCGAUGACUGUAGCCACGUGGCACAGCUGCACUUUGGCACGGUGGCUCUCGGUGAGCGGAAGAGUAGACACUUGACGCUGGAAAACGCCAGUGAAGUGGGCAAUGCACGUGUCAAGUACGAAGGUUAUACGAUGAUAGAGGACGAAUCGACAGCGUCAGUUGCUGUAGGUCGGACAAAGAGGAUGAGAUUCAAGUGCGAUCUGGACAUGUGUGUGGUCGACGCGCUCAAGUCAGUGAUGUUGCGAGUGACGUUUGAACCGCACUCGACGGAUGUAGGGCACCACGUCACGGCCAUGCUCAAGUUUGCAGUCAAUGAUGGACGUGAAAUGCAGUGCAGGGCAACAGGUGUGGUGACACCGCGUGUCCCGAAGCUGUUGAGGCUUGAAUGCAUGCGUCCUUCGUCGAAGCAAGUAGAUACUGUCGUGGUUGCGGUGAAGAACAGACAGGUAAGCAGCAGAACGUUGUCAAAACGAAUAGGCAAAGCGUGUGCGAUCUCAAGUGCCUUGACGCUUAGCGACUUUGAACCAGAACAGGAGCCUGCGGUCAAGGAAAACGCGAAGGUGAAGAGAAAACGGCCUUCGUCCGUUGUAAUCGACUUUUUUCCACUACAAAACCGACCUAAGCGAAGGAAAAGCAAGUCGUUAACGAGUGCGCAGAAGAUGUUGUCACCGCGAAAGUUUGUCGGUGUUGUUAAGGAUCCGUUCGUGACGAAAAAGCUUUUUGCUGGCUCGUGGUGGAAGCAGCGACAGGAGAUCUACGACGAGAACUGGAUGGCAAAACAGACCCAUGGUUUUACAAAAUGGAUGAACUACGUACUACUAGAUGGCAGUGUCUUGUGCCCGAGCAGAGGCGAUGAGCCGGGCAACACGGAAGAGCACGCUGCUCGGUCAAAGAGCAAGUUUGACUAUGCGUCGUUGCGCACGCUCUCGCAGAAACGAACGGAGUCGAAGUGGGCACAAGCUGCAAUCGCAUUAUACGAGUCUCCUAGCAUAAGCGAUGUUCUGUAUAACUUGCAGGAUGAGAUCGGUAGCCAAGGACUGAUGUUUCGCGCGGAUCGCCCCGUGUACGCUGAUGUUGGUUUGCAAGAGGAUCUCAUCGGUUUGCUGAACAAUUAUCAUCCGAUGUGGCUCGGCUUGGGGUUGUUUGUCGUGCUUGGAAACCAAGUCAUGAGACAGGAAAAGUGCUCAUUGCGAACGAUAUUCAGUGCUUGUGCUGCAGAAACGACGCUUUCGGGACAAAGAGGCUCGGCAUUAAGUCAAAAGAUGCCUCGUGUUCUACGCCGGAUAGUAUUGAAACACCUGGUCAAAGACUCACAUGUCGCCGAGAACUAUCGCUUGGUGCAAAAGCUCAUGACACCGAUAGACGGCUCCACUGCAGACUUUCAUGAUGGCGGCAAUGGUUUUAUCAACACCAGAAAAAACGUCAACGGCCGAGAAUACUUUGACUCACUUACCCAGUCAUUUAUGCUCAAGUUCUUCAUGCUGGUGUUUUUUCUGGACCGCGCAAUUGAACAUAAGAGUCACAAGUUUGCGCACUUCCCCUGUCUUUUCCGAAUCGCAGCUGCGACCAAAACGACCGCAUCUUCGAAGACCCAGAGCGAUAAGAAUGAUAAACAUACAAACAGCAAAAACGAGGAUAGCAACAAAGCGUGGGUGAAAGACUCGCAGACGCUCGUGAUCGAAUUCUGCCGACUAUUUUUGGCAAGCGAGGGUCGCAUUGACAAACAUCUGAAACGGCUAGGCUACACAUUGGACCACAAGCAGACCGCAUUGGAUGAGAUUGAUUUGGAAGUCAAGAACUUGGAAACCGACCUGCGCGAUGGCGUCCGACUGGCGAAGCUGAUGGAUGCGCUUACGGCGCCUACAGCUGCAUCGGCAGACCAAGACGGGGAGAAUUCUUCCAUGCCAAAAGGCUUGUCAACGUUUUUGCGCGUGCCGGCUUUGUCACGGUUGCAAAAGGUGCACAAUGUCGAGAUUUGCUUGCAUUUCCUACGAGACAAAUGCGGUGCGAGUAUACUGGACGAUCUCAGAAGUAGCAGCCGCCGGCCAGAUAAGAAAUGCGCGUUAGCUGGGCGUGUCCGCGUGUCUUCGUCCGGGUUUGCUGGUCUGCGGAACAAAGUCGACGAGAAGAUGAUGGGAAAUUUGGCCAAAGAUAUCGUAAACGGACAUCGUGAGAAGACAUUGGCAUUGCUGUGGAAGCUUAUCAGCUGCUUCCAGCUACAAGCCCUUGUGGAUGCGCAGACGAUGAGACGCGAGAUAUCGAAUGUUGUCAAGCGAAUGAGUUGCCGCGCGAGAGAUUUUUUCGAUCAGCAGUGUGAGAAUGUGCCUCUUCUCUGCAGUGACGAACACGAGUGCUAUGGUUUAUUGCUGGAAUGGUGUCGUGCAGUUUGUGCUAACUACGGCGUUGGUGUGAAUGACUUUUCUGGAUCGUUUGCUGACGGAAAAGCGCUUUGCUACUUGCUUCACUACUAUCAUCCGAUGCUUUUGUCAAGAUCUGACAUACUGCCGACAACCGCUGAUCUAUGUGAUAGAGACGCCCUGCAGAUGAGCGAAAAGGUCUGUUUGUCCAACGAACAGCAGCACUUUGCUACUAUCAACAACCGCAUUAAGCUGCUCGGAGAGGUUCCAGUGCUCAUGCCGCAUGAAUAUAACACAAAGAACCCGCCGGAGGAGAAGAUGGUGGUAACGUUUGUUUGCUACUUGCAGUCGCGCCUGAUGGACUCGUACAACGAAAUCCAUGCUGCCUCCAGACUAAAGCGGUGGUGGAAGAGUCCAUGGAUUCGACUGCAAAUGCAUCGAAAGAAAAACUUGAGUGCACGCACUAUUCAGCGGUUCUGGUACACUUCUAGUCAGAAGCGACUAGCCAUUCGCCAGUGCCGUAAACUCUUACGAGCAGCACACCUCGUAAAGAGCACAGUACUGUGUUGGAUCGUCAGGAGGCACUUCCUGCGUAUUUGCAAAGCUGUGGUAAAAAUCCAGGCGCUCUUCCGUGCCAAUCGACAGUUGCGUGUCAAUGGGAGUUUACUUCGUGCAGUCCAAGUGAUCCAGCAUUGGUGGCGGAAACAACUUAAAUGGAGACAUGCGAAGAAAUCGCAGGUCAGACAGCGCAAGGCCACACAGCGGGUCCUGGUGAAGGCCGGCUGUGCCACUAUCGAGCGAAUGUGGCUGCAGUACUUGUCGAGAGAGGGAGCUCGUCUUGUGCGCCAACAGAUGAUUGCUGACCGACACGUCGCGGUCUCUCGCAUUCAAGCUGCUUGGCGGCAGGGUCGUUUGCUUUUAGCGGCACGGGCACACCGUAUGCAGACAUGGCGACAACACCAUGAUGCAGCACAAGUCAUUCAGGCGGCAUGGGUUACUUUUCAACGUCAUCGUGAAGAGACUAAGAGAAUUGUUGCGCUGCAGCAUUUUGAUAUGCUGAUGAAAGAGAAGAUGCAACAACAGCGACAGAUGGCACUGAAAUGUAAAGUAGAGGCACGUGCUGCCACGUGUGUCCAGAAACGUUUCCGCCAGUUUGUGUCUCGGAAGCGGGAUAUGGCAGCAACUAGGCUCGCGAGCACAUUCCGAGGUGUGAAGCAGAAAUCGCGCUUCCAAGCGAAAAAGCAUGCUGCAGUGUUGCUUCAGCGCAAUGUUCGAGUAUGGCGACGAAGGCAGCAGCUGUCUGCGCUGCUGCAGUUCUACAGCAUGUUGAAAACCUACUGGCAAAUGAAGGCAAAGGAGGAGCAUCGACGUGUCGUGCAGCUGCAGGAACUGCGGUCCAAGGCAGCGUCGCGGGCAGCGCGCUGCAUUCAGUCUGUAUAUCGGAAUCACCGAUUUCAGAAACGAUCGUCUGCUGCAACAAAAAUCGGGUGUGUGGUGCGAGGGUGGUUAGCAAGCCGUUGGUACUCCUGUCUCCGUGCAAGCACAUGCUUACUUCAGGAAAACGUCCGAAUAUGGCGCCGCCGAAAACAGGUUCGGGCGCUGCUGAUGUUUCAAGGCUUGCUCUUGCGGUACCAGCGCAUGCAACGGGAUGCAGAAGAACAGCAAGAGCGUGUCCGUCAACAGCGUCUUCAGCGCAUUCAGGAAACGGUGCAGUAUCAUGCAGCGUGCCGCAUCCAGUCGACCUAUCGUUGCUACACACUUCACAAACGGGUGCUUGCAGCUACUCUCAUUCAGGCUGUAUAUCGCGGGUGUAAACAAAAGCACCAAUAUGCCAGCGUCCGCGCUAGUGUGGUGAUAAUGCAGCGCUUGGCGCGCCGUCGGAUGAUGGUGGUGCGUUUCCGUCGAGCGUUGUAUCUGCAGCGUGCAUCUGUGAACAUUCAAAGGUGUGUACGCGGAUGGCUUUCGCGCCGCCAUCGGUUCAGCUUCUACCCAUUGCAGGCGCAGUUGAAGCGGCUGCGUAUGCUGACGUCGUGUUGGCGGAUUGAGUACUGGUACGCGAACCGCAUGCUGAAGUACCGCCGAAAGCGUUUGUUAGUGGUGCGAUCCCACUGGAUGCGAUUCCGAGCUAGCAUUCUGCAGAAGCGGAUUGCCGAUGCAAACAGGAUCGCAACGUGCUGGCGGUCGUGUUGCUUCAGGAGUGUCAUCAGAGCUCGAAUCCAGCGAAGGCAGCAGACGGCUGAUGCGGCCCAUUGCAUCCAGAUAUGGUGGCUCGGACUCUGUUGCAAGUGGGCGGAGCGUCGGCGUCAUGAAGAGUUGCAGCAACAGCGCGAGAUGGAAGCGAUGGCACUAGCCAUGGCCAAGGCCCGUGCAGAGCGUAUCGUGGUUUCGUGGCUGUACGACAAGGUAAUUUGUCCGAACCGCGAGCGCAACUUCCACCUCGUGGCAGCGCGGACGAUUCAAGCAUGGUGGCGCGGCACUGUGGUGCGCUUGCAUCAUAGUACGUCUGAGAUUACUCGGCACCGCAAGAAACUGUCAGCGAUGAAGCUGGUUGGAUCAGCGCCUCACGGCCAGACAGACACGUCGUCGGCCGAUUCGCAUCGAUUGGAGGUCAAGCCUAGUGCAGAAAGGGGUGUUCAGACAGAACAGCUACAGACGUUGGGAUCACGCCUUGAUAUGGCCCUGCACAUGCUGCUCCACGGAAAGCGACUACAAGACAUGUUGUUUGCAAGCCACACCAUCGAAGUGUGCACGCGGUAUUCGCGUGAAUGCUGUCACAAGUGCGUUCAGCUGCAGAUCUCGUCAACCAUUUUUGCAGCAAUUCGAGGCCUCAAUCGCAGCCGCCCGCACGUAGAGCUACUGCACCAGCUACUGCUGGUCUUGAAAAACCUGACAGUGUAUCGGCGGUCAACUGACAAGCGCAAACCGACGCGGGUAUAUGCUGCUACUGAUGAGGAGAAGAACCGGCUCGACGUGGACCUGCGCGCUUUGGACACGCUGGUGGACUUGCUACACAUUCACCGGGACAUGCACCACGUUUUUGUGCUGUCAGCGGAAGUCGUCGCGUACUAUUUUCGAGUGCUGAAACCGCUGGUCGGUCGAAACGGCGGAGUGCAAGAGAGUUGGCGCGAAGCGGAGAAGCGCUUGGGUGGUUUGCAGGAGCUGUUAUCAAGAAAGCUGGCACUGCAUAACGCAACGGCCUCAUUUCGACGCGUGAACCAAGUGCCUGAGAAGAACAGCGCAAACAGUUUGAUGAGAAAGAUGAACCCGAAGACAGCUGUGUCGAUCAUGCAGCAGCUCAUUGUGCUGCUGUAA